GCCACGUGUCUCCGAGUAUCUAAAUUCAGGCAGCGGCUCUUUAUCUUUCCUUUUCUACCAAGUAAACCCACGGGGUUGGGAGCAGCAAGAAUCAUCGUGUCAACCACUUCAUUACAUUCCAGAUAAAAUGAAACUCUACAGGGAUAUUAUCUCCGGAGAUGAAAUGUUCUCGGACAUCUAUAAAAUUACAGAAUCACCGGAUGGCGUAUUCUACGAAGUUGAAGGAAAGCUUGUCACCAGAUCGGACAACAUUGAUGAGUCGGUCUUUGCAGGCAACCCAUCGGCGGAAGGUUCGGAACAAUGUGACGAUGGCACCUCGGUCAGUGGAGUGGACAUAGUCUUGAAUCACAAACUGCAGUCGGUGGCGUACACAAAGGAUGCCUACAAAGGCUGUAUCAAAGGAUACACUAAGAUGCUCAGGGACAGGCUGGCAGCGGACAACCCUGAAAAGGCAAAGGACUUUGUGGUGAAAGCUCAAAAGGAGUUCAAGAGCUACAUCUUGCCCAAACUGAAAGAGUGUGAGUAUUUUUUAGGAGAGUCGAUGAACCAUGAUGCCAUGGUUGCCCUACUGGACUACCGUGAGGACGGCAACACCCCCUACAUGAUCUUCUUCAAGGACGGCCUGGAGAUGGAGAAAUGCUAACACUUCCUACGUCUGACCGUUUUCGCUCGUUGCUGGUUGCCACUAUCGGUAUGGACCCCAAAGAUCACCGGCUGGACCUCAUUUGGAAUGGAAGUGUUUUUAACUUUCACCAGCCUAUGGACUGCAUUUUCAAAUUAUUGAUAUUUUUGGAAUGGUGGGUUAUUUAAGCUUAAUGGUGAACUGCAGUUUGAAGAUUUAUAUAUAUUUUUUAUUCCACCUCCCCCCUUCCUGCAAGUACACUACAUUGCUACGGGUCAAAUUCUUCUCUUCAGCUGCAUCUGAACCUGCUGCUCCCCACCCAAAGCCCUGUUGAGGAUUUCUGCACAUUAAAUUCUACUGAAAAUGUGUCUUGUAGCAUGUGGCUGCUUGACAGUUUCUGUUGAGCAUCACAAGUGCAGAGUUUACUGGUUUCAUUGUUACUGAGAAUAUAAUUUAUCAAAUAAAGCCAUUUAUUAUGUUUAA